AGCCGCGGAGGCUCUGGCAGCUUGGGACUGAGUGCAAGUAACAAAAUCACCAUGAUUCUUCAGAGGCUCUUCAGGUUCUCCUCUCUCAUUCAGUCUGCAGUCUCAGUUCAUUUGAGGAGGAACAUUGGUGUUACAGCAGUGGCAUUUAAUAAGGAACUUGAUCCUGUACAGAAACUCUUCGUGGACAAGAUUAGAGAAUACAGAACUAAGCGACAGGCAUCUGGAGGACCCAUUGAUACUGGCCCAGAGUACCAGCAAGACCUAGAGAGGGAGCUUUUUAAGCUUAAGCAAAUGUAUGGUAAAGCAGACAUGAAUACGUUGCUGGACUUCAAAUUUGAAGAUCCUAAAUUUGAAGUCAUCGAAAAACCCCGGUCCUGAAGAAAGAAUGUAAAAUUUAUUUGGUGAUUUGUCCUAGAUUAGUUGUACAACUGUAUCAGAAUAAACAUACAUUUCUCAGCUGUCAAGUGUUCUUUUAAUUCUGAUUCCAAAUAAAUUAUUUGGUGAUGUUGGGUGUGCAAAAAAAAAAAAAAAAAAAAAGAUAUGAU